AUGAUCGCCUUGCAAGGGGUUCACCACGAGGAUUAUGCCGAUAUAACACUAGCGGACUUCCGCCAUCUGAUGGAUUACUUGAUAAGCUACGGAAACAUGCAUAUCAGGGAAAACGUGCCGGACUUGAUACACCGAGCUCCAACAACCGUUCGCGGCGUGAAAAUUUGCUGCUACGGCGAAGAAAAAUUUCAUGGGUCAGAGCCCUUCGUUUCCGUCGACAUCACCCGAGCAAACCGCAUCUCCCUAGGCAGUGGAUCCAUCUCCUCAAUAUCUGUCUCGCUCGGUAUGCCUUUACGGCUCUGGAAGAACCCGGACACCGAAUUCUGCCAUAUCCCGCCAGGAUUAGAGGAGGACAUGAUGGCAGACAGUAAUCCUAAUGUUGCGUUCUUGAUGAUGGAAACUGAUGCUUCCAAAAAAGAAUGGGGCUGGGCACCUCGGUACUGGAGAAGCGAGAUAGGGAACGUCUGGGCUGUUCCUGAAGACGGACAGGAUCUGGCUGCGAAUGAUGUCGCAAUGAUAUGCCACUUUGCGAGGCGCAAACUACAAGGUAUGUUUGAAGACGUGAUGGAAUCGGGCUCGAGCUUAGCGAGUAGACAGAGGGUUUCGGAUUUCAUUACUUGGAACAAUAUGGUUGCUCAUUGGGAAGAGACUGGUGAGCACUAG